UUCCAAUGGCUUCCGAGUGAAUUCCGUGUCGAACAGGAUGGCAGUGUGACCAUCAACUCAUACAUCAACAAUCUGAAUCCGAUAUGGCAUCGAGACAUGUACAAAUGCAUUGCCAAAAUAUUCAAAUGUUUUGUCCCAAUGUUUGAAAGUCUGUUCAGAACGAUGGAUCCAAUGUUCAAGUAUAUUGAUAUUUGCAAUGGCACAAAUGGAUAUGAACCGUCAAGUCAGUCAUAUCGUGGUGGUAUGGAAUCAGACACUCAAGCCAUUCGUCCCGUGUAUGUACCAACACUUCCGGAACAUUUUGAAUCCAAAUAUGAAUCAGCAAAACCAGUGUCACUGCGUGGUUGUAGUCUACAAGUCAUUGUCAAACUCACCAACAUUCAACUGACACCAUCCAAACCUAAAUACGACAAGGGAAACUGGCACAAUGAAGGUUCAAUUAACGAAUCGAUUGUUGCAGUUGGACUGUAUUACUACGACGUGGAAAAUAUCACCACACCCAAACUCGAUUACCGCGAGGCUGUUGAUCGGUUUGAAUAUCAAGUAGCAUCUGAUAUGUAUUUGAAAGAUGUGUACGACAUUAAUCAAGAAUCACCACGGAAUCAGUAUAUAGGAUCGCUUGAAUUACCAAAUGGUCGGUGUGUAGUUUAUCCCAAUCGAUACCAACACAAAGAGCAAUCAUUUGAACUUGCAGAUCCAACCCAACCAGGACAUUGCAAGAUUCUGACAUUUUUUGUAGUGAAUCCAGCCUGUCGGAUUGUUUCGACUGCACAUGUGGCUCCACAACAACCACAAUGGUGCAAAUCGAGUCUUGAC